CCAAAACACGAGCCAGAUAAAGUGGCAGUACACGAACAGCUCUGAAUAGUGCAACAGCUCAAGUGUUAGUUUUUUAAUUUUGUUCUGUUUGCAUUCAAGCCACCAUUUCCGAUACGUUAAUCACCAUAAAAUCUCCCGCUCUGCAACGGAAAUUUGCGACUUAAAUAUGGCCGCCGCUGCUUUUUCCCGAAUGGAUCCAUUCGAUUGCGAAAAUGGAGAUCUCGAUUACUAUCUGGAACAGUUUAAUCAUUUCCUGGUGCUGAAUUCGCUAGAAAAUCAGCCGGAAAAAGUGGUACCCCUGUUUAUCGGAAGCAUUGGCCAAGAGGCGUACCGGAAGUUGAAGGAAAUUUGUGGCACCGUGGAACCGAACACGAAAACUUUCGAAGAGCUGGUGACUCUUUUGCAGCAGUAUUUUGCCAUGAGGGAGUUCUACCGAUGCAAUCAAAAACCCAAACAGUACCUGGGAGCGUACAUCAAUCAGCUGAAACAACUACAGGAAAAAUGCAACUUUGGUCCUUUUGCGAAGGAAGCUCUGAGAGAUCGUAUAGCCUGUGGCAAGUUAGCCGAGGAUCAAAACCAAUCGAAACCCACUAACGUCGCGGUCACAAAUACCGUUCCACCCAAGAAGCCGGAAAAUACUGGAACCAAACCUAAACUGGCCAAAGAGCCCAAACCCCAAGUGACCCCUGAGAUGCUGUCCCUAUUGGAUGGAUUAAGUAUUUUGCAACAGGCUACGGCAACCAAAAAUCCUGUCAACAGCGUCAAUAAAAAAUCCAAGGAUUUAGCUAAAAAGACGAGCAACGAUAAGCAAUCGGGAAAUCAGCUCAAGUGUAAAAUUUGCGGUCACACGCAUGACGCCGGGCAGGAAUGUCCUCAUAAGGACGCUUCCUGUUUCAUGUGCAAGAAGAAGGGACACAUUGCCUCGGUUUGCAGGGAGAAAAAUGAAAAAAACAAAACCCCACCAGUACAAGUGCAUGUACAUGUGCAACAGAACUCCGGAAUCAAAAACUGAAACAUAUUACGGUUUUAAACUUCAAAACUGGAAAAACGUGCUUCCGAAACUUUGAAAUUUUUCAUACAAAAAAUCACAUAUAGCUAGAUUUC